AUGUGUGAAAGACAUUCAAGUAUUCAUUCACAUGUUAAAGAUGAUGGGGAUGAAAAAUUGUUAAGAUUGAUAACAACACAUGAACAACAACAGGAGUCAGUAUCUAUAAAUACUGUGAAUGAAGCAUCUGAGACACUAGAUUCAACAGAUAAAAAGGAAUCAGAAACUGAACCACUGCUAGAUGAAAUUAUGGUGUGCUGGAAAAAUGUCGAAAGGAAAAAUGUCGAAAACAGAAAAAGUGAAGAAAAAACAUCGAAAGGAAAAAUGUCGAAAGGAAAAAUGCCGAAAGGAAAAAUGUCGAAACGUACAUAUUAA